GCCUCCCGGCAUCUUCGCGGCGACCAAGGACUACCAGGAAGGGGAGCGGCUGGGAUGGCGCGUCCGCGGCCCCGCGAGUACAAAGCGGGCGACCUGGUCUUCGCCAAGAUGAAGGGCUACCCGCACUGGCCGGCCCGGAUUGAUGAACUCCCAGAGGGCGCUGUGAAGCCUCCAGCAAACAAGUAUCCUAUCUUCUUUUUUGGCACCCAUGAAACUGCAUUUCUAGGUCCCAAAGACCUUUUUCCAUAUAAGGAGUACAAAGACAAGUUUGGAAAGUCAAACAAACGGAAAGGAUUUAACGAAGGAUUGUGGGAAAUAGAAAAUAACCCAGGAGUAAAGUUUACUGGAUACCAGGCAAUUCAGCAACAGAGCUCUUCAGAAACUGAGGGAGAAGGUGGAAAUACUGCAGAUGCAAGCAGUGAGGAAGAAGGUGAUAGAGUAGAAGAAGAUGGAAAAGGCAAAAGAAAGAAUGAAAAAGCAGGCUCAAAACGGAAAAAGUCAUAUACUUCAAAGAAAUCCUCUAAACAGUCCCGGAAAUCUCCAGGAGAUGAAGAUGACAAAGACUGCAAAGAAGAGGAAAACAAAAGCAGCUCUGAGGGUGGAGAUGCGGGCAACGACACAAGAAACACAACUUCAGACUUGCAGAAAACCAGUGAAGGGAAGAUGCUGUGGACAAUUAUCGAGAUAGACUAACAGAAUACCCCUUCUACACACCCAGCUGGACCUCCACCUGUGUUCGCAGCUCUCCCCAUCCCUGCCUAAGUACUCUCAUCAAGGGAACACUCAUCACGGGAGUGGAGAAUGAUGGUCACUGCCGGCUCAGUCACAGAAGAUUCUAGCAGGCCAACUCCACCCAUCCUCCACUCCCCUACAAGUGGCUGCCCAGAAUCAAACCCACAUCCCACCUGGGCAGUGGGAGCAAAGCCAGUAACUGAGUGGCCAAGGAAGCAUAGAAGUGACCACUAAGUUUAAGACAAUGAUUCAGGCUGGGCAUGGUGGCUCAAGUCUGUAAUCCCAGCACUUUGGGAGGCUGAAGCAGGCAGAUCACCUGAGGUCAGGAGUUCAAGACCAGCCUGGCCAACAUAUUGAAACCCCGUCUCUACUAAAAAUACAAAAAUUUUCUGGGUGUGAUGGUGCACGCCUGUAAUCCCAGCUACUCCAGAGGCUGAGACAAGUGAAUUGCUUGAACCCAGGAGGCGGAGGUUGCAGUGAGCCGAGAUCACGCCACUGCACUCCAGCCUGGGCGACAGAACAAGACUCUGUCUCAAAAAAAAAAAAGACAAUGACUUGACGAAGUGAUUCAUCUCAAUGAUUCCCAAGCAGGCCACCUCACAGCGUGUCUAGUGUGGUUACCCUAUUCCACAUGGCGUAUCCUAGAGACAGACAGGUGGCUGAUGUGCAAGUGACAAUGGCUUUCAGAAAAAAGACUAGUGAUGUUAAAAAUGAAUACAAGAGGGUAUAAUUGAAUAUGACAGAAGGAAAGCUAUACCUGUCAGAGAAUCUUACCAGAGUUGUGAGCAUCUCCUAAAUGGGCUUAAAACUACUAGCAACAAAUAACUAAGAAAUAAUACUUUUUAAACAGCAGGUGAUCAAAUUUAGUGCAUGUUAGUUUGUCAAAGCUGCAUUUUCAAGUUGUAACAGAUUGGUGCCUUAGACUAUGGGAUGGACAUGGACAGCAGAAAAAUCUGAUGGUGAAUAUAAGAAAAGCUGUGAAAAAAGAAAUGGAGAGGAGUGUGGGGAUGGUUAAUUCACAGAGAAGGGAAGCCAGCCUUGCCUGGAGUCAGCAGCCAGGAGUCCAGCAUUCACAUUCUCCCCAGAAGGAACAAAAGGCCACAUGUGCCCUGUUUUGCAGAUGUGCCUUCCCCACGCCUCCAUGGGGGCCUUUGGCCCAGUUCUCAUUGGCAGUGUCACUUCCUGAUACUCAUUUUCCAGAAGCCUCCCAGGUGAUUAGCCAUCGUAUGUCUCCAAGAAAGGAAGUGUUCGGCACAUAAUCUGCCAAUGAUUGCUGAUGCCAACACAAGUGUCAGACACUGUGUUAGCAAUGACAAGGACAUGGUCUCUGCCUUCUAGUACGUGAGGAGUCUGGCCUUGAGCCUCACCCUGAGGCUGCAGUGUGCUCAAAGUUGUAACAGACCAGGACAGAGGGCUGAGGGUACAGGAGAAAGGGUGCCCAGCCUUGAAGAGUCAGGAGAGACAUCAGUACAGUUAAUACAGGCUCCAUAGAGUGGGGAGGAACAGGAGGGACAGACAGCAGCAGGAAACUCAUCUGGAAAGGUGUGCAAGGGUCAGAGCACAGGCCAGUGGAGAGAGCCAGGAAAAGGGAUGUGGGCCUUGAAAGCAGACGGACCCAGCUCAUCUAAUGACUGGCUGUAAAACCUUAGGCAAAUUACAUCAUUUCUGAAGCUUCAGAGCUUCUUAUAUGUGGAUUGGGAGAAACUAGUUACUCACAAUUCUUCUUUCCCACCCGACCUUUCCCAAGGCCCACUGUAGGCAGAGAAUGCUCCCUAUGCUGUUGCUGAUGGGCUUGGCCCUAUGCCUCAUCUCAGCCAUUGGAAUAUGGGUGGGAGUAAGAUGGGGCAGCUCCAAGCCAAGGCCUUAAGAGCCACCACUUUCUUCCUUCUAGCCCCACUGUGCUUCUGUAUCUGCCAUGAGAAGGGCAUGCCUGGGAGCUGCUGGUCCAAGAACAAGGAGUCAGAGAACAGCCCUGAAAUCAACCCACAGCCUGAUGCAGAGUGGCCCCAACCCACAGACCUGUGAGCAAGAAAAAUAAAUGUUUGUUGCUGUAGGACUUGGGGUGCAUUUGAUAUGCAGCAUUACUGAAGCAGAAACUACAGAACAAAAUGCCCAGGAAGGUACCUGGCACAGGAAGUGCUCAAAGGCCAGUAGCAGCUUGGCUGGGGCAGCACGCAUGAUGGAAGGGCAUGGGCUUUAGGGGUCAACAGCCACACGACCUUUGCCACAUUUCUUAGCAUCUCCAAGCCAGCUGCUUCACUUUCAAGUGGAGGGAUGGUGAGGAUUAGGUGAAAGCCUGCUGCUAAAGUGCUCAGGGUCAUACAAGGUGCACUAUAGGUGCUUGUCUCUAUGGCAGGUUCCAUUAUUUUCCUCUUCAUGCAUAUGUGCAGACCCAGACACCACACAGUUAAGUUCUGCACUAAGUCGGGGGGACUGCUAGUAGCAGGCUGAAGACAGGAAGCCCAGGAGGGAGCUAGCAUGAGAGUCGAGGUCAGAGGUCAAAGCAUGCUGGGGUUGGCAGGGUGCCCUGCCUGGCCUGGCAGUAACUCUUCACCGGGAUGCCACCUGGGAGAGGGUGGAGUCCACAGCCUGAGAGGCAAUAGCCAGAGGCGAGGGCCAGAUUGUCCUGAAACACCCCUACACUUGCAGCCACUGUUACCAAAGGGCUCAGAGUAUUCACAACCAAGGAGGAAUAUGUGACUGAGGCCGAAAGUAUUGUGUUAUUAAUCAGAUACAAAAGAUUUCCCUUUGUGGAGACGUACCAUAGAACAGUGGGUCCCGGGGUGGUUUUCUUUUGACGAGGACACGAGCCAGCAGUGCUACCAGGAACAGGAUGAGGGCAGCAACCCCUACAAUAGUCCAGGAACUGCAACGACCAGAACAGGGAGGUGGUCACUAUCAAAAUAAACACAUUGGUGCCUGGAA